CAAAAAUAAAAUGUUUGGAGCUCAAGACGCUGGAUACGAGUUUAGUGCUCAACCAAGAGUGGUUGACAGCCGACCCAAGUUCAGAGACCCUUAUGGUCAAUCUUAUGAUUACAUCCCUCAAAACAUCAUGCAUGAUCCAAGAAUUGCAAGAGGGAGUACCAAUGCAAGCAUGGUAAUUCCUGCUGGAAAUCACCCUGAUGCCAUCUUUCUUGAGAAGAAAAAGGAGCAACAGAGAAGAGUCAAACUGCAGCAAGAGGAUGAAAGCAGGAGAAGGGCUGAGUUUGAGGCUCAAAGAGAUAUCAAGACUCCAGAACCGCUUCCUGGCAGGGUGAACCUAGAUAUUCAAACGGAACCUUUUGUCGAGAACCUAACUGAUAAGCCUACAGAAUUUGAAAUCGGUGUGCAGAGUGAUUUCUACAUUGACAGGCCUCCAACACCUUUGUUUGUCCCUAUAAAGACUGGAGAGGAUGCUGAAACCCAGGUUGAGAAAGAUAUGCUUGAUGAAGACGUUUACGAUUUCAACGAAAUCGUAGCUCCCCUUCUCUCAGUUCUUUGCUUCAAUACAGUCGAGCAAGCCCAGAUGGAGGUCUAUGAAGAGCACGAGUUCAACUACAUCGAUAAAAGACGUAAAGAGUUCGAAAGGGUCAGAAAUCUCAAGCUCAUCGAAGCCCAAAGACUUGAAGCUGCUGAAAACAGAAGAAAACAAGAAAUGGAUAGAAGAAGAAACCAGGUAAAAGCAAGGGUGAUAAAUAAAGUAUCCGCCCAUCAAAAAUACACUUCAAGGCAGAUUUCCAAGAAGUACCUCUCUGAUGUCUUUGGGGAUACUCUCAAAUUGCUUGAAGACCAUGGGACUCUUGUAGAGUCCCUCCCUGGAUUCUUACAUGAGCAAGCUGUGCCAUGGUUGUACGAACAGACAUGUAAAUUUCUUCAUGAUGAAGAUCUCAUCGAUCUCAACGCUGAAGAGAUUGUUGAAAGUGCUAUCUCAUAUCCAGUUAGAGCCCAUCAAGAAACAGUAGAGAGAGACAAUGAAAGACUCAGGCAAAUCGAGAAAGAAGAAGAAGCUAAGCUCCUUGCCAAAGAAGAACGAAGACAAGCCAAAAGAGCUGAAGAGCUCAAGAGAUUCAACGAAGAAGUCAAACAGAAGUUCAUUGAAGAGGGAGAUCAAAGAGAUCGUAUAAUUAUCCAUGAAAUCACCAAUCCUGAUGGUAACGACUUAGAUAUCCCAAUUAUCGGGGUUUUUGGAGGACAUUUCUUCCAAAUUGUCUCUGUCUUAAACUCAGCAAAGGAGGUCCUUGGAGCAGGAAUAGAUCCUUUCUUAGAUGAAGAACGCAUAUAUAGGUUCUUGGUUAAUUAUAUAUCUUCUCACAUGAAAUGAGACAGGUUCUUCAUUAAAGCAAGAGCUGAACUUUUUGAAUACUGUAUUAAAAAAAAUAUAAAGCCAGAAGCAAUACAUAAAAGCAAAGAGGAUGUCAAGAAUGAACUCAAAGAGUACUUGCUCCAACUUGAUGAUGUUAUGCUAAAUGAGGAAAUCAGAAACCUCAGAAAAGAAAGUGAUGAGAUUGGCCUUGAUUUAAAAAUAAUCACACUUGUACACAACGCUCUGGUCAACCUUAUUCUAAAAGCCCCAUUACUCAAAGAAGAAACUUCUAAAGAAUCAAGUGAGCCAGCAACUUCUUCAAAGAGUUCAAAAUAAACCAAAAAGUUCUAAAAGCUCAAAGAACUUAGUAAAGCUAGACCCAGCUAUUGACAAAGUUAAACUUUGCUUCCCUAAGGAAUGCAUUGACUGGCCCAAAGACCAGCCUUUUGACGCAAAAGAAAUACCUGAGCCUGAAAAAGUCAAGGCUGUAGUCAGGAUCAAAAUUCCUUUCGAAGAAAUCAAGGAUGAAGAAGAAGAUGAAAAGCCACCCUCAACAAAAAGAAGCAAGAAGAGUGAUAAAAGAAGCAAAAACAAUGACUCCAGGGUUGAAUCAUCCAAAAAUGAAUCCAUACUUGAAGACGAUGAUAAAGAUAAGGAGAAAGAAGGAGACCAAGACAAACCAAAGGAGGAGGCUAAGACCCCAGAAUUUAGGGAGCAAGAGAUAGAAGACCGAGUCACCAUGAUAAACCCUAGAGGUGAGAAUUAUAACAUCUUGGUGUUCCACCAAGCUGCAGGAAGAGUCCUUAGGAAAGAUAUCCUCAAUUCCUUGGUCAAAACCGUCCCUGAAUUUGCUGAAGUUGAUGUUGAAGUCAUCUUGGAUAAGGUGAACAAAUACUGUGAUGACCUGGACACCAUGUUCAUUAAUAACUAUUGUGAUUGCUCACAUCUGGACAUAGAAGUGCAGCAAUUUGACUUCGAAAUCAAUUAAUUUCCUCCAUAUUCAACCUUCAA